CGAACCGUGCAGGCGGACGCAACUGAAUGAAUCAGGGAGAGCUGGAAGGGCCUCGCUGCAGCUACGAGCUUGUCUGGCAGAUGAUGCGUUGGGGAGGCUGAGGCUGGGGGCUGUUGCUAAAGGACAGAUCACCAUGCAGCAUACGGUUCAGGUGUGGUUUGGAGAUGAUCCCCCUUUGAGCCCACGAAGUCCUCUGACUCCAAGGCAUGGCCCAGGCUUAGCAGAUGUUCUGCUUUAUGACCAGUGGAUAUCCGUCCGACAUGAGGCAACUCUGGUUCCUAUGCAAGAGGACCUGUCAAUCUGGCUAUCCAGCUUGUUGGGUACAGCACUUACAGCUGAACAGUUGUUGGAAGAACUUGAUAAUGGUGUAUUGCUGUGCAUGUUGACUGAAAUAAUUCAAAACACAGUUAAAAACUGUUGUGACCCAAGUGAUUUAAGGGAUUUUCCACUGAGAAAAGUCCCAUGUAAGAAGGAUGCACCUUCAGGAUCCUUUUUUGCCAGAGAUAACACAGCCAACUUUCUAAAUUGGUGUAGAUCCAUUGGGGUGGAUGAAACUUACCUCUUUGAGUCUGAAGGCUUAGUCCUGCACAAGGACCCAAGACAGGUAUACCUCUGUCUGCUGGAAAUUGGUCGCAUUGCUUCAAGAUAUGGAGUUGAACCUCCUGUAUUAGUAAAACUGGAGAAAGAAAUUGAAUUGGAAGAGACUCUGCUAAUGUCUUCGGAUCCUGUAUCUUCUGUUGUCACCCCCAAAUCAUAUUGUCAUCAUGGAGAGUUACAUGAAGCAGUUAAGCACAUUGCUGAAGAUCCUCCUUGCAGUUGCUCUCAUAGAUUUUCAAUUGAGUAUUUAUCUGAAGGACGCUAUAGAUUGGGAGACCGAAUACUGUUCAUUCGAAUGUUACAUGGCAAGCAUGUGAUGGUCCGUGUUGGUGGAGGCUGGGAUACUCUUCAAGGUUUCCUACUUAAAUAUGACCCAUGUCGAGUGCUGCAGUUUGCAACAUUGGAACAAAAAAUCUUGGCAUUUCAAAAAGGUGCAUCUAGUGAGAUGAUUCCUGAUUCAUCCACCAGAGCCCCACAACCACCUCUUAUGAAUCCCAUAUCAGCUGUUGAUACAUAUCAGAAACAAAAUUCAAAGCCUUCUACUCUUGUUUCAGCUCCAAAGAACUCUCCUGUACCUAAUAGAAAGCAGGCGGUGGCUAAGUUUCCAAAAUCAGCUACCUCAAAAGCAGCAGCGCACACACCUUCUUCCAAAAAAUCUGCAGUGGGCCCUCCUCAGUCAAAAGGGCUUUCAGUAAAUAACAGCCAGCCGUCUUGCAAGUCUUCCACCACUACUGCUACUCAUAAAUCGGCAUGUAUUUCAAAAUUUAUGCAACCUACAAAUAAAGGUUCUUCAUCUACCUUACUAAAAACUGCUGCAACUUCUUCAGAAUUGCUUCCAAAACAUAUUUUGUCAUCUGUCAAACCUGUACAUUCCCAGAAUUCUCCAGCUACAUUUCAUCCUGUUCUUUCUUGUUCAGCAAGUAAACUUUCUGAGCUCCCUGGGACAACAAAAAAGGUGACCUCCAAACAAGAGUCUGUUUCUUCUAAUAGCAAAGCUGGGCUGAGUGCCAAACCUAAGCUUCCUCUUGCAAAACACUCAACAAGAUCUAACAGAAACCUUCAUGUUCGUAACCCAGCAUGCUCUCAACAGCCUUCUGCAAAGUCUGCUUCUAAAUCUACCUCUCAAACAUUACCGUCAUCCAGAGGCGUGCUUGAAACUAACCAAGUCAAAAAUAUCAGAACUGCUACUAGUUCCAAACAACUAGUUUCAGCCUCAUCACUUACAGCAGAUAAAUCAUCACAAUCAAUACCUGCUAUAAGAUCAAAAGGUAAAACUGCAUCUUCCCCUGUAAACGGUCAGUUUUCAACCACUUUGAAGGUCCAAAGUAGCAGGGCAAGACCUCAGGUAGGAACCAGCACAUCAAAAUGCCCCGAGCGUACUCCACUGUCGGUUGUCCGUCUCCCCCAGACAUCUACCGUAGCUGAGACCAGAAGGAAGGCAACACAGGCUGCCACCAAAAAUCAAUCCUCAUUUAAAACCUCCCAGAAGAGUGAUAAAAUCCAUGAUCCAGCUAAUAAGAAUCCCUCCUUAAAAGCAAAGGUCACCACUGUAACUGUUAAAGAAACACCUGGUGGGUUAAAGGGUCCUACUUUGAAAACUAAACAAGAUGAUAAUUAUUUUGUCAUGACUGGGAAUAAGAAACUCAGGAAGUAAAAUACUAGGAAUAUUGA